GUCUCCGUGUCCUGACAUUGCCACAGCGCAUCCUUCCCAGAAAGUAAAGCGGCACCCUCACCCACCCCUACUUACGCGUUGAUUCCCCUUUAAAAAAAAAAAAAAAAAAAAAAAAAAAGGGCGCACCAUGUUGCCAUCACAUGCUUUCGGCGCACACAAAAAGUAGGAUGUGGACGCUCCGGUCGUCGGCGCGCACGGCGCAUUUGUCACUUGUGUUUUAAAAGAAGGGUGGAAAGACGUUUUCGGAGGAUUUCUUUGCUUCGCACGGCAGGAAGGAGAGGGGGGCUGACUGAGCCCACCCAGUCUGUCUGUCAGCCAGUCGCCUUGUGCCGCCGCCGCUAGUUGUUGUUCAGCAGGAGAGCUGCUGGUGUGCAGACCAGAAGCUGCGUGGCGGAUAUACAGCGACGUGAGCCGAGCUCCUGCGAAACGGCAACUCUUAAAAGGUUUAGUCGGAAGAGUGGACGGGAUACCAGGAAGGGAGAGAGGGAGGGAAGAAGAAGGAGAAGGAGAAAAAAACACACCACCACCACCAGCAGAGCUCGGCUCGGAGGGGGGAGAAGGAGUGUUGCCUUCUUCUCUUUACGGGGAACUGAGUUGCUGGCUCUUUUCAGCUGAGGAGGUCUGCCGAGAGGAGCUGCUGCGAAGCAUCGGCUGAUAUCUGAGCUAAUUCCCUUCAGUCGGAUGAGGAUUACCUUUUGGUAUAAAUAGGGUGUGUGGAUUUUUAUUUUUAUUUUUUUAUUUUUUUUACCUCUCCUAUCUGUGAAAACAAGAAGAGGUAGAGGAGCCACGCAAACCUACGUUACGGCACUUUGGAGAAACAUGUGAUGACUCACGCAGGGCACACAGCUUCCCUCAGGCGGAGCCAAACUAACUCUGACUGGUGGGAUACCAGCCAUACCUGGCCUCAUGGUGGCACUAUGGGCGCUGAAUGGCCCGAGCGUACGUUACGGUUCGGCAGGACAAAGAAGAUAAGUGGAAUCGUAAGACAAAGAAAAAACCACCCAGAGGCCAAGAGGGUGACUGAGAGGAGAGGGGGAAAGAGAAGAUUAGACGAAGGCAAGAAGUCUGACAAAAGGCGAGAGAAGAAACGGAUCCGAAAGUUGUACCCUCUGCGGGGGCGGGCUGGGAAUUCAGAGGAGGAAGAGCUAAGCUGCCAUGUUCUCCUUACCCGUUUAGAAGAAGCCUCCCGUGAAAAGGUCAGGUCUAAAGGUAAAGAAGGAAAAGUGAGGCCCAAAACUAAAUCCAAAAUGGGCAAAACCAUAGAAGGGAAAAAGUCAAUUAAGUCAUUACCAAAAAACAAACUAAAAUCAAAAUGUAAAGGUCUCGCUGACCAUCCUGAGCUGGAAGACUUACAACCACGCAAGCGCAGACUGGCGUCUCUCAAUGCUGAGGCGGUGAAUAGUUUACUGCUUGAAAGAGCCACUGAUGCCCAACCAGCCGCCAAACAGGCCAGGAGGCAGGAGGAACCUCUGGAUGGAGCGGUUUCCCCGGAUCCAUCCAGAGGCAGUCUCACUGGAAGUCUUAAAGCUUCACGAGGAAAAAGUAGUAAAGUCUCUCCACCCAACAAGGCUGAGCUGUGCCAAAGUCCUAAGCUUACCAAGAAGGCUAAAGCCAGUCGAGGCGAUGAUGUUUGGAUGAGUCAGGAAUCUUUAGAUGCACCUGCACCAAGACGACUAGCUGGACUCAAUGCUGCAGCCCUGCUGAAGUUAACCAGCUCGUCUGCCACCAGUAAACCGAGAGUAAAGGCCUCGGCGACGGUCACGUCCGACUUGACGGCUCCUGCUGCAGUCCCGUCCCCGAAUCGGACAAUACCAAGCAACAACGUCAAGCUCCAAAACAAGCGGCACUUAGAAAAGCAGAAAGGCCAAAAGCUCUCUCCCCUGCACAGCGGCUGCACAGCCUGCAAGAAGAAAGCAGACUUUGAACCCAAGGUGGACUGGGAGACGGGCAACUGCACCCACCGCCUGACCAAGCCAGGUUAUCAGUCUCGUAGCAUGCUAGGAUACCCACUAAAGCAGGUGAAGGAAGAGCAGUUGGAGACCGAACUGAGCUCAUACUACUGCUGUCCCCCUGAGGGGUCCGUGGAGUACUGCCACCGCUUGGCCUGCUUCCUUGGCCAACAGCCCUACGGAGACUCAGACGACCAGUCUCUAAACUCAGCCAUGACCCCCGUGAAGCCAGAGUGCCUAGUAACCUCACCAUCUCUCUCACAUCCCCACCCUCACAGAGCACUCGCCCUUACCCCCCACCCAUGCCUCUGCACCGCUGACCACUGCUUCCCCGGCUACUACGUCCACAUCGCCCACCCGACGCACGCCGGGCAGACUUCAGCGGCCCUGGCCACCCGCCCUCUCAACUUUAGCUCCACCAGUUUGUGCCCCAGUCAUAUUACUGGAUCCAAGCUCCUGGGAGGUCCGGUGUCGCACCCAUCGGGCUUAGGCCAUCCCGCCUACUGCAACUCGGUGACGUCUCCCUGUUACGGCGACGGCUGUGGGAUCAGCGGCUACAGCUACAGAGCGCUGCCUCCAGUGACGGGCAGGGGUUGUUCUUUCAGUGGAGGCUGUACCGGAUGCACACACAGCAUUAAGACAGAGGGUUACACAACCCUACAGGGUGACCACAGCCCUUCCCUUCUGGUCCCCCCCGCCAUGCCAAUCUCCCAAUGUCCACUUUCCAGUGUGCCCACUUCGACACAAACUAAAAGCCACCUGCUGACCCCCCUGUCUGGCCGAGAUCAGCCCCAGGCCAGGUUAAAGCUAGCUAAGGAAUGCCCUCAGAGCACAAAGGCCUCCAACGGCUCCUCCGUGGGCCACACCCGGCUCCUGACCAAACAGGCGACCCCAGUGCCGAGCCUUGGCAGCAGCAAGCAGAAGAAGAUCAGCCGUAGACGUGCCACAAAUGGCUGGCGGCCUGUGGGCAUCCCCACAGAGAGGGAGGUCUUUAUUGCGGGAGAAGAUGAGGCUGCAAUGCGGAGGUGUUACGAGGGAGUCGAGAGGGAUGGCGAGGUGAUACACGUCAGAGACACUGUACUACUACGAUCUGGUCCCAGGAAGAAGUCCCUCCCAUAUGUUGCCAAGAUAUCAGCAUUGUGGGAGGAUCCCAAAACAGGAGAGCUGAUGAUGAGCCUUUUCUGGUACUACAGGCCUGAGCACACCCAGGGAGGCCGAGAUCCCAGAGCACACUGUGAGAAUGAGAUCUUCGCCUCUCGGCAUCAGGAUGAAAAUAGUGUGGCCUGCAUAGAAGACAGAUGCUAUGUUCUCCCUCUAGCCCAGUACUGUCGAUUUUGUGCCUUGGUGAAGCGGCGUGCUGAAGGCGCCCCACCUGGCAGGGCCAGCAUGGUGCCCUUCCGCCCUGACUUCGCCCCUCCCUCCCACCGCUGCGUGCCCACAGACGUUGACCCCGAGCUGGUGUACCUCUGCCGGCACGUCUACGACUUCCGAUACGGACGCAUCUUGAAGAACCUGCAGUAGAGCGGGAGCACCUUUUGAAUCAGUCGUCACAAUCGGCCGCCUCCUGCACAGAGGGGGAAGGGGGCAGCUGAGAAACUGAAGAGCCCUCGUAAUCAGUGGGGAAAAAUGGGGUGGGUGGUUUGCAUGUUCAGUUUAUGAAGCACAGAUCCCUUUAGUUAAAUACCAACAAGUUAGAAUGUUGUAGGGAGUCUCCGCUCAGUCAGAGCAUCGCUAAUUCCUGGUCUGGGAAGCUAAACUCCAUCCAAUCACUCAGCUUUUUCUUAGCUUGUUUGCUUUCAUAGAAGCCUCGCUCCGCCUCCUCGGCCCCUCCAUGCCUUUUCCUGGCAGAAACGCCGAGCACCGGGUCGAGCGCUUCUCCGGCCAGAACCGUGUUUCCCCCCCGAAGCCCGUUAGCGCAGCAAUCAUGUUUGUUCCAUUUGAGAGCCGCCGGCACAGGGACGGUCCGGCUCAGGUGCUUCCAGGGGAAACACGAGCCUAGCCCUGUCAGCGCUGUGUUAACGCUGCCUGACAAGCAUGGGCGAAGGAGCAGCUAAUGGAGAGUGUCAUCCUUUUUCCUCUGAUCUGACUCUGCACAUUCCGCGUGUGUGUGUGUUUGUGUGUGUGUGUUUGUUGGCACUGAGGUUAAAUCUAGGAACAUUUUUGAGGCUUCCAGGUAAUCAAAGGUGGAGCUUUCUGUCCUGAUGCCGAAUUAAACAGUGUCACUUUAAACGAGUGCAGAGGCUUCACCGAUUUCAGAUUGGGCUUGAGGAUGAAGAUGACCUUAUGAAACAAACAAUUAUUACUUAUAUGUUGAGAUAGAAGUAGCUCUUCUUAGUACAUCUGAGAUGAAAGCUGUAAAACAAGGAUAUCUGUAGUUCCAGAAACGGUUGGAGUUUGUUUGUGGAUUGACUGAAGAAGAAACUGAGAAGUGUGUUAAGGUAAACUGGGGGACUACGCUGAUGUCAGGCUGCACUUAAUGCCCCGUCUUUAUGCACUUUACAUGGGUGUCUUGCCAAAAGUGUUCGUUCCCCUUAAGCUUUUCCCCAUUUUGGCACAUUACAACCGCAGACUUCAACACACAGUUUUAAAUAAUGCAAGGAGGAUGAUACCUAGUUUUAAACUGAGCGUUUUUUCGAAUUCAAAUCAGAUUUUUAUAUUUAGCCUUCAUUAUUCAAUAUUUUGCAUAACCGCCACCCCACAUUAUGACACUCCUACCACCACCGAUGAGCAGAGAGGACGGUGCGUUCAGGGUUACCUGCGGUGUCAGUUUUUCCCGAAACACUGUAUGUUUUGGAUGAGCCAAACGGUUUUAUUUUCAGCCCAGAAAAUGUUGCAGCAGAUAUAAUUUAGGAGAAUCAGGGCAAAGGGAGGGGAGCACAAAUGUAUGCACAGUAAAGUUUUGUGGUUGUAAUGUGACAGCUUGUCAGAAGAGCUGUGGAUGCUUUGGCAACAUACUGUAUUUCUGUUUAGUUCCAGUUUCCGCUUUAACACAGUUUUCAUGUUUUUUUUAGCGUCUCUCCCGCCCCGAUAAGCCUAUUCGACCCUUUCUGAUUCCUAUUUUGUUUCCUCACACCCUCGCCGCCCUCUGCAGCCCAGCCGAGACGAACCAAAGGAUGUGGCACGGGUUUAAAACGCCCCGCCCCCCCCCCCCCCUUCCCUCGUGCUUGUCCUCCUCGUCAGCAUGUGUUCCCACGUUUUGUUGCACUAAAGCAUUCCCUGACGACGACACAUGAUCACCUCUUUAUUUUAUGUUGGAGCUGCUAUAAUAUUAACAGGAUGUGAAUGGUGGGGGGGGCUUGCUGUACUGCAUUUGUUUGGAUGUUGCUUUUGUUUUUUUUUCUAGAAGGAGACAUUACGGCUGUAAAGGCUUCGUGUAAACUGUCAGCUUUUAUGACCGGACAGGAGUCAAUCAACAUGUUGGUCUUCUUAAUGAAAUCAGUAUAGCUCUAGAGUCAUUCCCUUUUUUUAUUUUUAUUCAGCUCUCAUAUGUAGUCCUAUAAAUAUACAGUAUAUAUUUAUGUAUGUAUUCACACUGUUAAUGUGAGUAGAUGUGCAGAAGGCGUCAGGAUGCGGUCCUGACUUGCUGUGCGGGCAAACGUAGCACUGUGAUAGAUGUGUGUUUGGAUCAAAUGGGUGGGGUGGGGGACAUUAUGAGUUAGGGGUAGGGUGCUCCAUAGUUUAGGGGGAAGCUUUAGCCGAUUGCAAACCCUGUGCUCUUCCAUUGCCUUCGAACCUGCAAAUGUUUUCCCGUCGUUGUGCGUCCGAUCGCCGAUUGCUUUCCUGCACAGCUGUUGAAGGUCCUCACACUCUGAAGCCAUCUUUAGCUUCCCCCCUCUUUUUGAACCGCAUGAAUCCUGACCCAAACUAAAUCAAAUCCUAUAUCCCUAGGAAUUUUCAAAGAGGUAAUAUAUAUAUAUAUAUAUAUAUAUAUAUAUAUAUAUAUAUA